CUCAUUGACACGAACACACACACAAACAGUAAACUGUAUACACCGUACGGCAGUAAUUUUGUGACAGUUUUUUUUAUAAAUUAAAAUAAUUUAAGAAUAAAAAUGGCAUACUUAGAGCCUGCUCAACGUUUUGCAAUGGGAACGAACAAUAUAAUGGGUGCAGAUUGGAUGCAAUCGGAACACAGUACAGGAACAUCUAUUAUGGCUGUUGAAUUUAAUGGUGGUGUUGUAAUUGGAGCAGAUUCUCGUUCAACGACAGGAUCAUAUGUCGCUAAUCGAUAUGCGGAUAAAUUAACCAAAAUAACGGAUAAUAUUUACUGUUGUCGAUCCGGUUCCUCAGCAGAUACACAAGCAAUUUCAAGUAUUGUGACCUAUCAUUUGGGUUUUCAUCAAAUGGAAUUAGGAGAGCAACCAUUGGUAGAAACUGCUGCUAAUGUUUUCCGUGAAAUUUGCUACAAUUAUCGUGAUUCAUUGCUUGCUGGAAUUCUCGUAGCCGGAUGGGAUUCACGAAAGGGAGGUCAGGUGUACAGUGUUCCAAUUGGUGGAAUGUGUGUUCGUCAACCGAUCUCCGUUGGUGGUUCUGGUUCGACUUAUGUUUAUGGAUAUGUCGACGCCAAUUACAAACCAAACAUGACAAAGGACGAAUCUAUUGAAUUGGUUCAAAACACACUUGCUCUUGCUAUGGCGCGAGACGGAAGCAGUGGAGGCGUCAUUCGUCUUGGCGUAAUCACCGAGAAAGGAAUUGAACGCAAAGUAAUUCUAGGAAACGAAUUACCAAGUUUCUACCAAGAAUAAGUACAUUAAUUU